CGAGAGGGAUCAGGAAUUAACCUCUUUGCUACCUUAGCCCUUAAGCAACAUGCCUCUUUAUAAUACCUUCAACUUGGAAGUUCCAAGGACUCGCCACAAAGUGAAUAAAAGUUUCAGAUAAGAGAAAGGAGCAAGCCAGUAAGAUCACAUACGGAGUACAUAUAAAAUUCAGAGCGAGAAUGGUGGCCGUCGGCCCGAUCACCUCUGCCACGGCCGCCCACCACGUGUUCACCGUGGUGAUCGACGGCGCGGAGGAGACGAGCAUUCACGAGGGCGUGAUCCGGUGCAGCGGCGGCGGCACGCUCAGCGUGGCCAGCCCGGGCGUCCUCGAGGUCAGCAGGCUCAAGCACGUGGCCGUGCGCGGCGGCGGGGGCGGCGACGUCCGCUUCGCCCGGUGCGGCUUCGCGUCGGCGGAGGCCUGCGGUGCCGCGUCCUUCCACCGGUGCGAUGCGGUGCGCGCCGUGGACGUGGCCGGCGGGGUGAGCGUGCGCCGGUGCCGGUCCGCGGACGUGGAGCGUGCGGGUGGCGCGGUGAGCAUCCGGCGGUGCAAGGGCGCCGCGCGCGUGCACGGCGCCGGCGGGGAGCUCCGCGUGGCGCGGUGUCGUGAGGCCGACGUGGGCGGCUGCCCCGAGGUGUCGCUGGGCCGGUGCCGGGAGGCGCGCGUGGACUGGUGCGGCGCGCUCGGCGUCCAGCGGUGCCGGUCCGCGGAGGUCAGCCGCUGCGGCGCCGUGCGCGUCGACCGGUGCGGCGAAGCCAACGUGUGGAGCUGCGGGAAUGUGAUAGUGCGCCGUGGCAAGGUGAACGUGGUGGAGGCGCAUCAGCCGCAGGUUUGGCACCAGAAGUUAGCAGAGCCAGCCUACUCGGUGCCGACGGAAAUCAUGACCAAGGGAAGAAGGACCUGCCUUAAGAGCACUCCUAUGGUAUUCUACGACUGUUUGCGUACUGCUUAGCACUCCGUAUUAUGUAUUUCUGUGAUAUAUAAUGCUGUAUAUUUAUGUUCUUAUUUUGUGAAGUACUGGACGAGUAUUUGGUUCGUGUGCAAGUAGUGAAGCAACAGUAUUGUGUAAAACGAUAAACAAGUUUGUUAUCUGUACAUUUUGUGUCGAUUAUUGACGUCCAUGUUGUGCCUACACUUUAAA